UUAUGGAGUGGGAGUGUCUUGAUUCUAACUACCAUGAAUGCUUUUAGCGCGAAAAAUAAGAAGGAACGCAUAGCUGGCAAUGAAUGAAAUAACCUGAAAUAGCUGGCUAGCCAAGUCUUUUGACGAGGUUGGCUACCUUUUUAUAUGUAACCGGUAGGCAUUUGAGAUGUAUGUGUGAUUAGUGAAGUAAUACGUUUCCAGCUAGGAACUAGCUAACGAAAUAUGUAAGCUUGCGUUAACUAAAGUAAUUUAGCCACUCAGGUUAGCUGCAGCUAUCUAAAGCUAGUCAUCUAAGUUAGCUAUCCUCCAAACACACAUGCACGUCGUCAGAUCUCUAACGUUACAAUGCAGAGGACCAAGUUAAAGAAGAACUCUGUAAUUGGAGACCAUCAGAAGACACUCUCUUCAUUUUUCUACCCAAACAAACUCAAGGAGUCAACGCCUCCCUCAAAGAGAACUAUAUGCAGCAUAACUGAGAUGGACUCGUCAAAUGUCACCUCUAACCAGCGCAGUGUCCUGGGAGGCAUUGAAAAUUCUCCCCUGUCUUUUGACCUCUUAUCUGUCCCAGAGACCCCCGACAGCCAGAUCAGAACCUCUCACCCUGCCAGAAAGCCUGACGAUGGGCAUCUCUCUCCUAUCUGCCGCAGACCGUGCUCCAGAGGGGUCAGCUUAAUAAGGGAAAAUUCUCCCAAGGCAGCUAUGUUCUCCCUGAGGAGUAAGAUCAGUCCCCCGCCUCAGGUACAGACGAGCACCAAGAACAGUAACAUGCAACGUUGCUCUGUGAAAAGACUGUUCAGUUCCGAUGACUUGCAGGUUGCCAAGCGUCCCAAAACCAUGCCAGUAAAGAGGCCCUCUAUUAGCCCUUUGCGGAAGCCUCUCCUUCAUGGAGAGGAAUUCCUGAGCGAAUGCUUGCAGGUCAUUGAUGACACUCAAAACUCCAAAGGUACGAAAUUCCAGCAGGGCACAGGCCUAGUUGUCAAAGCUGUGAAUGGCAGAAAGCCAUCCAAGGCUGGUCAGAUACACUUAGGUUACAGUGUAUUGACAUCAGGUGCCAAGGAGAAGAUUAGAAACGUCAUGCCAUCAUUAAAGCCACUGUCUGUCAAAAGAGCUUCGUCCUUGUCCUCUAAUGAGAGCUCUCUCCCCAGCAGCUUGAGUGAAUGUGAAGAGGAGUGUGCUUUUACGGUCAUUACAGAACAGAAAGAUGCCACAGAAUAUAAUGGCUGCCCUACAGACUUGAAUACAAGCGGUGGGCAUGUGAUAGCAACUAGCUUUGAGAAGCCUAGUAGUGUAAAAACUAUCCUUCCGUGUCCACCCAAUCCCAAUAAGAGCUUAAUGGAAGUUGAAAACAGUGCUGUCAGAGACUGUGGCACUGAUGGGAAAGGAGUAACAUCAGAAGACCACCUGGAGGGGCUGGAGGACAACUGGUUUGAUGACAAAAUGGAGGAGAUCUUCAGUAACACUGAGGAGAAAUCCAAUGCUGGUAAAAAGAAAGGCAUCCCAGACCAUGUUAUUCUGACCACUGGGCUGCACAACCGCUACUGGAUACUAGAUGUGCAGGAGAUCCAUGGUGCUCGUGGCUCUGUGGAGAAACAUCUGACCAUCACUGCCUCCAAGACCUCCCAUCCUACUGAGAUUUGUAUUCUGAAGGAUGGAUGGGAGUCGACACCAGUGUCCACGGGUGAUGUGGUUCACCUGGAGGGCCAAUGUGUCUCAGGUACCUGGCUGAUAGACAGGGAGUCAGGAUUCUUGGUGCUUCUCCCUGACGUGCUCAUAUCUGGCACUAGCAUCGCCAGCGGGAUCCGCUGCAUGAGACGGGCCGUGCUGGGGGAGAUGUUCAAGUGUUUCGACGGAGGCUCCAAACAGAUGUUGAACGGUACGAUAGUUCAUGACAUCUUCCAGAAAGCUGCAAUGUCUGGAGACUUCUCUAUGGAAAGGCUGCAACUGCUGGCCAACCAAGCCCUGCUCAGCCCCAACUACCUGGGAGACAUGUACACCCUGAAACUGACUCAGGAGGACAUGAAGCAGGAGAUUUGGGAGUACCUGCCAGCAAUGACAGAAUGGGCCAGAGAUUACCUUCACACCUCUCCACAGGCAGGCAAGAAACUGUUAACUCUCAAAUUGCCAAGUGAUGGGGCACUGAGCUGGCAGGACUCCGCAUGCAGCAUUGCUGUCACAGAUUUUGUGGACAUCGAGGAAAACAUUUGGUCGCCACGUUUCGGCCUGAAGGGUAAAAUUGACGUGACAGCAGGGGUGCGUAUUCAUCGCAAGGGCAGGCCUCCACUCAACAGGGUAAUGCCUUUGGAGCUGAAGACUGGCAAAGAGUCCAACUCCAUUGAACACCGCAGCCAGGUCAUCCUUUACACUCUGAUGAGCUUAGAGAGACGCAGUGAUGCAGAGGCAGGAUUCCUGCUCUACCUGAAGACUGGCAACCUGCAUCCUAUAGUCGGGAACCACAUGGACAGAAGAGAGCUGUUGAAAUUAAGGAACACCCUGGCGCAUCACGUUGGCAAUAGUAUGGAGAAGGAAGGCAAGACACGGAUGGCACCUCUACCAGGGAUCAUCACAGACAGACAGGCCUGCAAGUGGUGUCCCCAGAUCAGGAACUGUGCUCUCUAUGACAGGGCCAUUGAGAGCAGGGCUCCAGACUACUACUCCAGUGAGUCACAGCAGUUGUUGGUGCAGCAGGAGAGUGAGCACCUGACAGAGGCACACCUGCUCUACUUCAGCCACUGGCUGCUCCUCUGUGCCCUGGAGACCCACACCAUGGAGAGGAAGGGAGGCCGGCACAACAUCUGGCUGCAGUCUGCCCAAGAGAGGGAGAAGAGUGGGGGGUGUAUGGGAAACAUGCAGCUGAUUGGCCCAGUGAAGAACCAGUCAGACGGUGUGUAUAUCCACCGUUUUGAGCGCCGUCGUGGUGGGGAACAGGGUGUGACGGGCUUGAUUGUUGGCGACAGAGUUGUGGUGAGCGACCAUGAUUUGCAGCUAAUUGGUGUGGCAGCUGGAUACGUCACAGACAUGAGCAGCACUGCAGUAAGCUGCUCCCUGGAUCGGGACCUUUCGAAGUGUUCCUCUGAUGUUGUGUUCCGACUGGACCAGGACGAAGGGGUAAUGGGAUUGAGCACCCAUCUGGUCAACCUCUCCAAGAUGAUGAAAAGGUCUCCUUCAAGUGAAAGACUAAGGGAGCUGAUAGUGGAUUUCCACCCUCCUCAGUUCAUUGACAACCUUAGCAGUGUGUUGCCCAGGGAAGCUAAGGACACAGUCGCCAACAUCCUGAAAGGGCUCAACAAACCUCAGAAACAGGCCAUGAAGAAGGUUUUGCUCUCCAAAGAUUAUACGCUCAUAGUUGGGAUGCCUGGCACUGGGAAAACCACCACUAUAUGCACACUGGUGCGUAUUCUCCAUGCAUGUGGCUUCAGUGUGCUGCUGACCAGCUACACCCACUCUGCUGUGGACAACAUCCUGCUAAAGCUCCGGAGGUUCAAGGUGGGCUUCCUGCGUCUGGGCCGGGCUCAGAAGGUCCACCCAGACAUCCUGGCCUACACAGAGGAGAGGUGUCGGACCAACGGCAUCCACACACUCCCUGAGCUGGAGAAUCUUUACAACAAGGAGCUGGUGGUGGCCACCACGUGCAUGGGUGUAAAGCACCCCAUUUUCUCCCGUCGUCGUUUUGACUUUUGCAUUGUGGACGAGGCGUCCCAGAUCAGUCAGCCAGUGUGCCUUGGGCCCCUGUUCUAUGCCCAGCGCUUUGUCCUGGUGGGGGACCACCAACAGCUGCCCCCCAUUGUCCAGAACAGAGAGGCUAGGUUGUUGGGUAUGGACGAGAGUCUAUUCAAGCGUCUCGAGCGUAAAAGUGAGGCUGUAGUCCAGCUGAACGUCCAGUACAGGAUGAAUAGUAAAAUCAUGUCCCUAAGUAACACUCUGAUGUACGGAGGGAGGCUGGAGUGUGGCUCAGAGAGGACUGCCAGCGCCAUGCUGACCCUGCCCUCCCAGGGCUCUGUCCAGAGGGAGCUGGAGCUAAGUCUGGGCCGGCCGGAGGACCUGGCUUGGGUCCAGGCAGCUCUGGAGCCUCUCAACCCUGUCUGCUUCCUGGACACCACCCAGGUUCCAGCCCUGGAGACGGUUGACCAGGGGGGAAUCAGCAACCAGACAGAAGCUGCUCUGGUGCACGGCAUAGUCAGUCUGCUAUUGAAGGCUGGGUGCAGGGCCAGUGACAUCGGGGUCAUUGCUCCCUACAGACAACAACUGAAGGCCAUCUCAGGCCUACUAGCCGGGCCAGCCUUCAGCACUGUGGAGGUCAACACUGUGGACAAGUACCAGGGCCGCGACAAGAGCGUCAUCAUCGUUUCCUUUGUCAGGAGUAACCUAGAAGGCAAUCUGGGUGAGCUGCUGAAGGACUGGAGGAGGCUGAACGUGGCCAUCACGAGAGCUAAACACAAGCUCCUCAUGGUGGGCUCGGCCCCCACCCUGCGCCGCUACGCCCCCCUGGAAAAACUCCUCAACCACCUCACACAGGAGAGCAUGGUCUUCCAGCUCCCUCCAGCAGCCCAUGAGGUAUUACCCACCAUGCACCUGUGACGGGACAUCUGAUGUAGAACAUUGCCUUUCCUCCACUCACCAUCUGGAAAUCAGCCUUUAGACUGAUCAAGCAAUGUAUCGAUUCCUCAAUAUUGAUUACUUGAAAUAGUUGAUAAUAUGCUAUAUAUUUUUUAAUUCAUGUUUUAACAAGAAUCCAUGGCAGCUAUGUUUGUGGUGUUAUUGUUUUAAUUAUUUUUAUUACAACAGAAUGUGACCAUUCGAAAGUUGAAGUACAGGCACCAUUUACACUAAAUCUGCUAUGUAGCAAUUGCUCAGACAUUGCCUCACAGACCUCCGUUAGAUUAAGAUUGGUCAUUAGUCUUGUUUCUGAGCCAGUGCUGAUUGUCGAGCUUUUACUUGUUAUAUUGACGUUCAUUUUGAAAAUUUCUAUGUGAAUAAAUCAUUUUAAGUGUUGUA